AUCUUAAAAUCGUGUCAAUUUUGUUCUUAGAUUUUUGUCGUACGUUAAUUUUGUGGGUCGCUUCGAUGUUGUUGUAUUGUUAUUGCUUGAUGUUUAUCGCGAGAAUACGCGGUGGUCUCGGAGGCGGCGAGAUUUGUGACGCAAAGUGGUCGAUUUCGCGGGAAGUGUUACUUUUGCUCGUAGGCAAAGAAUAAAAUCAGUAAAUUAAGCGCUAAACCUGACGUGAAACUGUUAUCGGACGAAGCGCGGCCUUCAUUCUUCUAAGGACAACCAUGUUCUCCGACCUGAGCGCCCAGAAGGAUGGCUCCUCUCUCCUCUGCCGCCCUGCCUCCGAGGACCAGGGGCCGGUGUUUGAGAGGAUGCCGCUGCUCUUCAACUCCUGCUCCGAGCGCUUCAAAGUCGGGGAGCGGAGUUUCAGUCGCCAGUAUGCUCACAUUUACGCAGCGCGACUCAUGCAGAUGAGGCCCAUGUUAUCAGAGAGAGCUCGGCAGAAGUGGGGAUCAGACGUGGUCAUCAAGAAGCUCUGUGAUUUGGAGGCGGGGGAGCAAUGUUGCAUUGUGGGGACUUUGUUUAAGCGUAUGGAUUUGCAGCCAUCUAUUUUGAAAGAGAUCAGUGAGGAGCACAACCUCCUGCCUCAACCUCCACGAGCCAAAUACAUCCAGGAUUCAGAUGAGCUGAUUCUGGAGGAUGAACUUCAGAGGAUCAAACUAGAGGGAAAAAUCGACAAAGACAAGUGUGUGACAGGUAGCGUCGUGGCAAUAUAUGGAGCAGAGAGAAACGACGGGAAGUUCACAGUCGAGGACUUUUGCACAGCAGAUCUCCCUUUGCAGACAGCAAGACCUGCACUCACCUCUGACAAGUUUGUGCUGCUGGUGUCAGGACUUGGUCUCGGCAGUAGUCAAGCUGACAGCAUGUUAGGGCUGCAGCUGCUGGUUGACAUGGUUACCGGUCAGCUCGGUGACCUGGGGGAGCAAAGCGGAGCAGCGACAAUUUCUAGGGUCCUACUAGCUGGAAGCCUGAGUCAAAAUACCCAGGACAAGGAUGCGCCAACAAAGGCAAAGUAUCUCACCAAGAAGACACAGGCUGGCAGUGUGGAUGCCAUGCGUCUUCUGGAUGAGCUAUUACUCCAGCUAGUGGCCUCAGUACCAGUGGAUGUAAUGCCAGGACAGUACGACCCCACCAACUACACGCUCCCACAGCAGCCUCUCAAUCGCUGUAUGUUCCCUUUGUCCUCUGUGUACCCAACGCUACAGCUGGCCUCCAACCCAUAUCAGGCUGACAUUGAUGGAGUGAGGUUUUUGGGCACAUCAGGCCAGAACGUCAGUGAUAUUCAGAAGUACAGCAGCAUGGACAGUCACCUGGAAAUACUUGAGGAAACGCUACGACUUCGCCACCUGGCCCCUACAGCACCUGAUACUCUAGGCUGUUACCCAUUUUACCAAAAAGACCCUUUCAUCUUGGAAGAGUGUCCCCACGUUUACUUCAGUGGCAAUGCCCCAGAGUUUGAGUCCAAAGUCAUGAAAGGUCCUGAUGGUCAGGAAGUGCUUUUGAUUGCGAUUCCAGAGUUUAGCAGCAGUCAGACGGUGUGCCUGGUCAACUUACGCACCCUUCAAUGUGAGCAAGUCAGCUUCUCUGCCUUCUCAGCUGAUGAAGAUGAAGACAGUGAGAUGAAUAUCAGCCACUGAACACCCGUGCCUACCGAUGGGCUGCCCUUUCUCUCAUAUUGGUGCAUGUUUGGUCUACUUUCUUCUGAUCACAGACCAGUCGAAUCAUAGUUGAGUCAAGCAUUAGAGCAGCUACGCUGAUGCUGAUCAGUGAGAUAAACUGAAAGAAAAAAACAGGACUGUUAUCAGGUGCUAAAAAGGAGAAGAGACAUGUUGUGUAUUAACAAGCCUUUAUUUGAAAAAUAACUCUUCUAUCCCAGCUGUGUCUGAAGAAACAUGACAGAAAACCUUUCCCCGUCUGACAGCUUGUUACCAACUGUGAAGUGCUUUCCAUUCAUUUAAUGGCCGGCCCUUCAUUCUGCAUUUCUGCCAUGUGAGGAAAGUGUAAAUAAUUCAUCUUUUUUUUAUUUUUUUUUUUUAAUGUGUGUCCACAAUAAACUUGAUUUCAUGAA